AUUUCAGUAGAAUCUAGGAAGGAAGGGGAGAGGGGAUUGGCUUUCGCCAUUGGCCUUGUGGGGAUUAUAAAUUUAGGACACAACCCACUUUGGCUGCCUCAAAUUCAGCACGGAGUAAGAAAAACAAAUCAGCUUCCCCGUUUCCCUUGCUUUGCUUUGUAAAGAGACUACUUUUUAUCAGAGAGAGAGAGAGGAGAGAGGAGUGCAAAUGGAAGAAAGUAGAAGGAAUAACAAAGUGUGGGUGACGGAAGAAGAGAGCACAGUUGAUUGGAGAGGCAGGCCUUCCAACCCGAACAAGCAUGGCGGCAUGAGGGCUGCUGCAUUUGUUCUUGGGCUCCAAGCAUUUGAGAUAAUGGCAAUUGCAGCAGUAGGGAACAACCUUAUAACAUAUGUGAUAAAUGAGAUGCACUUCUCCCUCUCAAAGUCAGCAAACAUAGUGACAAACUUUGUUGGAACUAUCUUCCUGUUGGCCCUCCUUGGUGGUUACCUCUCAGACUCUUAUCUUGGGAGUUUCUGGACCAUGCUUAUCUUUGGCUUUGUGGAGCUUUCUGGUUUCAUAUUACUGUCAGUCCAAGCUCAUCUUCCCCAACUAAAGCCACCAAAGUGCAACAUGGUGAUUGAUGGAGAGGAUUGCGUGGAAGCAAAGGGCUUCAAGGCCUUGAUUUUCUUUGUUGCACUGUACUUAGUGGCAUUAGGAAGCGGAUGUGUUAAACCCAACAUGAUUGCUCAUGGAGCAGAUCAAUUCAAUCAAACCAACCCCUCGCAGUCCAAGAAGCUGUCAACCUACUUCAAUGCUGCCUAUUUCGCCUUCUCCAUGGGUGAACUCAUUGCCCUGACUAUUCUAGUGUGGAUCCAAACUCAUGCCGGUAUGGAUGUUGGGUUUGGAGUCUCUGCAGCCGCCAUGGCGAUGGGACUCAUCAGCGUGGUUUCUGGGACACUGUAUUACAGGAACAAGCCUCCUCAAGGAAGCAUCUUCACCCCCAUUGCUCAAGUAUUUGUGGCGGCCAUAUUAAAGAGAAAGCAAAUUUGUCCAUCGAAUUCUAACCCUCAGAUGCUUAAUGGAAAACAAAACGGCAUGCCCAACAGAUCAGCAUCAGUUUCACAUCUGCAUUCUGAAUCUGGCAAUGUGCUUCACACCCAGAGGUUCAGGUUCUUGGACAAGGCGUGCAUCAAAGUUCAAGAUGGGAGUAAUACAAAGGAAAGUCGGUGGAGACUGUGCAGUGUUGCCCAAGUGGAGCAAGUGAGGAUAUUGCUUUCAGUUAUCCCAAUAUUUGCUUGUACCAUUGUUUUCAACACCAUUUUGGCUCAGCUCCAAACAUUCUCAGUCCAACAAGGAAGUGCUAUGGACACCCAGCUGACCAAGUCUUUCCAUAUCCCUCCAGCUUCCCUUCAGUCCAUCCCUUACAUCAUGCUCAUCUUCAUAGUCCCUCUAUACGACAAAUUCUUUGUCCCCUUUGCAAGAAAAUUUACUGGUCAUGAAUCCGGAAUUUCUCCUCUACUCAGGAUCGGCUCGGGUCUUUUUCUCGCAACGUUUUCCAUGAUUGCUGCAGCCCUGAUGGAGAAGAAGAGAAGGGACGCGGCCGUGGGUUCGGGCGAAAUAAUAUCCAUCUUUUGGAUCACCCCGCAGUUCUUAAUCUUCGGAAUAUCAGAAAUGCUUACUGCAGUUGGCCUCAUCGAGUUCUUCUACAAGCAGUCCUUGAAAGGGAUGCAAGCAUUUUUGACAGCCAUAACCUAUUGCUCUUACUCAUUCGGCUUCUACUUGAGCUCAGUGCUUGUUUCCCUGGUGAAUAAGAUCACAUCAUCAGGUUCUUCCAAAGGUGGUUGGCUUAGUGAUAACGAUCUCAACAAGGACAGGCUCGAUCUUUUCUACUGGUUGCUAGCGGUCCUUAGCUUUCUAAACUUCCUAAACUAUCUCUUCUGGGCUAGAUGGCAUUCUAAUUCUUCCCCAUCAGGCACCGCACAGAAUGAGGCAGUUGAGGCUGGCGAGUUGAGCCAUUUCAGCUUGAUGAGACUUUCAAAAGAUGUUGGAGAUGAGAAUAUACCAUGAAAUGAAACUGUAUACAUAUAUAUCUGAUCUGAAGGAAAUUAUCUACUCCUAUCUUGUAUUUGAGAUAAACCAGAGAAUAUAUUUAUGAUACCAUGCAAAAAGGCUAUUUAAUUAAGACGUUUACAGGCUUUGUAAAGAAGUGUAGAAGAUAGAGGGCCAUCGUAAUUAGCUUGUUAGUUAUGUUAGAUUAAGCGUUU